GUGAGCGCCAUCUGUUGGGAGGCGGCUACACCAGGAGGUCGAUGGGAGGAUCAGGCCAGCAGCAGCAGAACACCUCACAUUUAUUACAUUUUAUCCUUAUAUCCUCACCUCUCACGGUAUAAGUGAACAUAAACCAGGACGAUGACGGACUCCAAGUACUUCACGACCACCAAGAAAGGUGAAAUAUUUGAGUUGAAGUCUGAGUUAAAUAGUGACAAGAAGGAGAAGAAGAAGGAAGCUGUGAAGAAAGUCAUUGCUUCUAUGACUGUUGGUAAAGAUGUCUCAGCGCUCUUCCCUGAUGUGGUCAACUGCAUGCAGACAGAUAACCUGGAAUUAAAGAAGCUUGUGUACCUCUACCUUAUGAACUAUGCCAAGUCCCAGCCAGACAUGGCAAUCAUGGCUGUUAAUACAUUUGUUAAGGAUUGUGAAGAUCCAAACCCUCUCAUUCGAGCUCUGGCUGUGCGGACCAUGGGAUGCAUCCGCGUUGACAAGAUUACAGAAUAUCUCUGUGAACCACUGCGCAAAUGCUUGAAGGAUGAAGAUCCAUAUGUGCGGAAAACUGCAGCCAUCUGUGUCGCUAAAUUGCACGACAUUAAUGCCUCUAUGGUAGAAGACCAAGGAUUCCUUGAUCAGCUGAAGGAGCUUCUCUCUGAUUCCAACCCAAUGGUUGUAGCAAAUGCUGUGGCCUCCCUGACUGAAAUCAAUGAAGCCAGCAGCUCAGGCCAGCCUCUAAUGGAGCUUAAUGCUGCCACUAUGAACAAACUCCUCACAGCUCUCAAUGAGUGUACUGAGUGGGGCCAGGUGUUUAUCCUUGAUGCUCUUUCUCAGUUUAGUCCCAAAGAUGAGCGAGAGGCACAAAGUAUCUGUGAGCGCAUCACACCACGCUUGGCUCAUGCCAACGCUGCUGUUGUUUUGUCUGCAGUGAAAUGCCUCAUGAAAUUUAUGGAGUUGAUGGUCAGUGAUUCUGAAUUUGUCAAGAAUCUCACCAAGAAGCUAGCUCCACCCUUGGUAACUCUACUGUCAUCUGAACCUGAGGUUCAGUACGUUGCUCUGAGGAACAUCAACCUGAUUGUCCAGAAGCGGCCUGAACUGCUGAAGCAUGAGAUGAAAGUUUUCUUUGUCAAAUAUAAUGAUCCCAUCUAUGUGAAACUGGAGAAGCUGGACAUCAUGAUUCGUUUAGCUUCUGAGGCCAAUAUUGUUCAAGUCUUGUCUGAACUGAAGGAGUACGCUACUGAAGUUGAUGUUGACUUUGUACGAAAAGCUGUAAGAGCAAUUGGACGCUGUGCCAUCAAGGUUGAGACAUCUGCUGAGAGAUGUGUCUCCACGCUACUGGAUCUGAUCCAAACCAAAGUGAAUUACGUGGUGCAGGAAGCCAUAGUGGUAAUUAAGGACAUCUUCCGCAAGUAUCCCAAUAAAUAUGAAAGCAUCAUCUCUACGCUGUGUGAGAAUCUUGACACACUUGAUGAACCCGAGGCCAGGGCAUCAAUGAUUUGGAUCAUUGGAGAAUAUGCAGAGCGUAUAGAUAAUGCAGAUGAACUUCUUGAGAGCUUCUUGGAGGGUUUCCAUGAUGAGAACACACAGGUGCAGCUACAGCUCCUCACUGCUAUUGUCAAACUCUUCCUAAAAAGACCCACUGACACACAGGAGUUGGUUCAGCAGGUGCUGAGCCUGGCCACACAGGACUCUGACAACCCUGACCUGCGAGACAGAGGUUUCAUAUACUGGAGGUUGUUGUCCACUGACCCAGGAGCUGCCAAGGAGGUUGUUCUAGCAGAGAAGCCGCUCAUAGCAGAGGAAACUGAUUUGAUUGAGCCCACACUCUUGGAUGAGCUCAUCUGCCACAUUGCUUCUCUUGCAUCUGUUUACCAUAAGCCUCCAUCUGCGUUUGUGGAGGGACGUACAGGCCUUCGUAGGGCGCUGCCUAAGUCAUCAGGUGGUAGUGACAAUGAAACUGCUGGAGAGCAGCAGCAGCAACAGCAGCAGCAGCAGCCAACUGUUAUUCCAAAUCAGGAUUCCCUUAUCCCAGACCUCCUCAACAUGGAUAUCAAUGCUCCACCAGUUGUACCUGCAGCACAGCCAGCAUUCUCUGGUGGCACCCUGGACCUCCUGGGUGGGGGUCUUGACUCCUUACUGGGAGUUGGUGGAGCUGAGGUAGGAGGUGCCCCUGCCCCUGGGAUUCCUCCAGUGGCUGCCUCAUCAACUGCAGGUGACACAGGUCUCCUUGGUGAUAUCUUUGGUAUUGCAUCAUCAUCUGCACCAGUAUAUUCUCCCCCCAAACAAGUAUUACUGCCAGCAAAUCGUGGGAAAGGAAUGGAGAUUACUGGCACCUUUACUCGCAAAGCUGGAGCUGUUUCUAUGGACAUGACUAUACAUAACAAAGCUAUGCAGCCAAUAACAGGAUUUGCUAUUCAGCUCAAUAAGAACAGCUUUGGCAUCACACCAGCCUCUCCUCUGAACGUGCCUGCUCCUUUGGCCCCCAAUCAGUCUAUUGAUGUGAGCCUCGCACUCACCACAAGUGGCCCUGUCCAGCGCAUGGAUCCUCUCACAAACUUACAGGUAGCCAUAAAGAACAGUGUGGACGUGUUUUACUUUGCGACGGUGAUGCCAAUGCAUAUAUUCUUUUCUGAGGACGGAGCGAUGGACAAACGUGUAUUCCUCUCUACCUGGAAGGACAUCCCAAGCCAGAAUGAAGUUCAGUUCAAUAUUGAAAAUGUGAACUUGACUGCUGACGGCUUAUCAGCUACAGAUGGAAUCUCUAAUAAGUUGCAGAGUUCAAACAUUUUUACAAUUGCCAAGCGUAAUGUAGAAGGUCAGGACAUGUUGUACCAAUCUAUCAAGCUAACCAAUGGCAUUUGGGUCCUUACUGAACUGAAGGUGCAGCCAGGCAAUACAACCAUUGUGUUGUCCCUGAAAUCAAGAGCGACAGAUGUUGCUCAAGGAAUCUUUGAAGCAUUUGAUGGCAUUCUUCACUCCUAAUAUAAUUAUGUAUUACCCCUGUGUUCAUUAGUCCUGAAAAUAUGUGAAUUACUCAUUGGUGUAUAAAAUAUAUAACAACUACAUUGGUGCAGACUUUUAAGUUUUAACCAAAAUUAAUUUCAAAUUGUAGGAAUCGGAAUCAAUGUGCACAAUGGUCAGGUCUUCUUUUAUUUCUUUUGCAGUAUACAGGUUUAUGUUGUCACUUGUUUCAGUGUUACCUUAUCUAUGUAAAGUAGACUUUAACAAAGAUUUGUUAUGUACCAGCUGUGGUACAUAAAGCCAUUCCAUAUUAUCUUUAUAUUUGAAAAUUAUAUUAGUUGUAAAGUAUUAUUGUAAAAAUGCUGUAAUCAUAGACUCCUCCAAUAAAUGUUAAAUCCUCA